AUGUCGGACAAGCCCCGUCUUCCUGGAAUCCUCAAGGAGCCGCACUGGCACGAGCGUCCACUGCACCCCUCUGCAGAGAACCUCAUCCCGUCCGUGACUGCCAGCGCGUCCUCCUCCUCGCUCCAUCUCGACUUCUACCCUAUCAACACGUCAUUUGUCUCGGACGCUACGAUGUUCGACCACGAGAAGGACAAGGACAAGGACAAAGAGAGGGAGCGGGAUGAGCUGGUCGAGGUACCGCUCCAGGGCACUGACGACCCGAACGGCGACACGCUCAGGCAGAAGCAGACCAAGGUCCAGUUCCCGGACGACGUCAAGGCGUCUCCAAUGCCUUAUCCGUACAUGCGCACAGACUCAGACUUCGCGUUUGGCUCUCGCGCAUCAUCAAUCGCGGCCACCGACGACGAGGAUUCAGAGGACUACGAUUGGUCAGACGAGGAGGACCUCGUUGACGAAGAAGCAAAAUUCGAGAAACAUAUGGGCAAGAAGACUAAACGAGAAGGCUGGGGGUUCAAAAGAAUCAUCUCUUUGCUAUUUUCAUCGCUCAUUGGAUCGACGUUCUUGGCCGCUAUCCUCGUCGCGCCGGGACUCCUCAUCCACUUCUACUGGUACAAGCCGAACCCGACGUCGCACCGGCAGUUCGUGAAGGAUAACGUGCAAGGAUGGCUAUUUUGGGCUGCGGCGAACCUCCUCAUCUCGUGGUACCUCGCCAUGAUCAUCGACAUCAUCCCAAUCCUUAUUCGCUUUUUCAUCUCUGCUUUUUGGGGUCAUGUAUCGGAGUCGGUCAAAACCAAACUUGAGACGUAUGACUCGGUGAAGGACACCGCAAAGCCUGCGUUCUAUGCGGGCAGCGCGUACGCCAGUUGGAUCAUCAUCUUUGAGGGCAUUUACAAGCUGUAUAAUGGGGAGGGUACGUCACAGAGUCGUGCAGGGUACACAUAUCGCACUGCUCAAGUCGUCCAAUUCUUCUUUUUCCUCGUCCUGGUGUGGUGUGCUCAGCGCAUGCUUCUUCAUUUCGUUGCCUUUUCCUUCCAUAGGACUGCAUACAAAGACCGGGUAGAGGCCGUCGAGAAAGCGCUCGCCGUGAUCGAGAAGCUGCGCGACUACCGUCCUAAAUUCCCGACGCAUACGCCCCAUGCCAGGUCCGGCACACGCACCCCUGUGUUCGGCUUCAACCUGCCUGUCUUCUCAGAUAAGCAGCACUACAGCCAGUUAAGUGGUGCACUGCGGAACAUGUCUCCACCUAUCUCGCGCGAAGGAACCAGUCAUGGCCAUGAGGAUGUGGAGAACGAUGGCGAUACAGAGGACGCGAAUAAGACACUGGUAGAGAAGUCUACCAAGAAGGGUAAAAAGAAGGAGCGGCUGUCUUGGUUUGGUGGUGGUGGUCACAGUGGCGAGGCGCCAAGGAAGACCACUGAUCCAAUGGAGUUUCCAAGAGGCGGCACGACACCUGUAAACGAGAAGGCGGAGGAGGAGAUCGAGUUGGUGCCUGCUUCGGCAGUUUCGUACACAAGCGGACCUGCGUUCACUUCAAAUCCGGUUACCCCAAGUAACUUGAACCCGCAUCGGUAUCCGCCUCAUGGUACAAACAGCCCCCGCCCGAGCUUCGACUCGGCGGAUGCUACACUCAGGCAGGCGGCAAAGGUUAUCAAGAAAGCGGUUUUGCAUGAUGCGAGGAAUUUGAGAGGCAAGAACGAGAAUCUUGCUGGGUUGUCUUGGAAUAUUAACUCGACGCAUGAAGCGAAGCGCUUAGCACGUUCAAUGUACAUGCGCCUCAAAGAUCGCGGCCGAACCUGGCUCAUUCCAUCGGACUUCUUACCUGUCUUCCAAGACCAGACCCUGGCCGACGAGGCCUUCCAUGUCUUCGACAAGGACAACAACGGCGACCUUUCUCGUGCCGAGAUCAAGACCACCCUGAUCAAGGUGUACAAGGAGCGCCGGUUCCUCUCGCGCUCGAUGCGCGACGUUGGUGAGGCGCUGAAGACACUCGAUCGGAUCAUGCUGUUCUUCGCUGCUGUGAUCCUGUUCUUCAUCAGCUUGAGCGUUUUUGGAGUGGAGGUUGGCGAUUCGUUGUCGAGUGUGUAUACGAUUGGAAUCGCUGCGAGUUUUAUCUUCAAGAAUGCUGCGAGCAACGCGUUCGAUGCUAUCAUGUUCUUAUUUGUAACACAUCCAUACGACACUGGUGAUCGUGUUUUUAUUGAUACGGAAAACCUGGUUGUCAAGAAAGUUGGCCUAUUUGCGACAGUCUUCGCCCGGUCGGAUGGAACAGAGACGUACUAUUUCAAUAGCCAGCUCUUCACGAAGUUCAUCACGAACGCACAGCGCAGUGGCAAGACAUUCGAAAACCUGUGGCUGCAAGUUGCUUGGACAACGCCUCUUACCAAGCUCGAUGCCCUCGAGAAGUGUCUCAAUGACUGGUUAUCGACAGAGGAGAACCGCUGGUUUGAGCCAAGCACGAACAUCACGCUACAACACAUCGUGUAUCAACGGCAUCUGGAGCUCACUAUCGGCAUCGGACACAACGGCAACUGGCAAGAUUGGGGUCUUCGUCUUGCCCGCAAAACGGCUUUCCACGCAGCCGUGCAAUAUUAUUGCCGCCAACUGGGGAUUGUAGGCCAUGAAGCGCCUCUUCCGAUUGUUUAUGCAGAUCCCAAGACUAUGACAUAUCAACCUGAAAGUCCUGGGUUCGAGGAUAUCUUGUCUCCGACUGAGGGUGUCACCAGCCCGACAACGGAACAACGCAGAGAGCAGGACGCGCGCGAGACAGAGAUGGAGGCUCGUAACAUGAAGCCCACUCUCGGAUUCUUGCCUCCGCUUGCUGAUCGUUCUUCUCAUCUCACAAGGGUACGGAAGAGCAAAAACAAGAAGGCCAACCUGGGUGCUGGCAACGCCGGAUAA